ACGCAAGCCGUCAGGCAGUUCGUUACCGCCUCUUCCUCCUUUUUGCCCUUGGGGCUUAAAAGAAGGUUGGAGGGGCAAAUGCUUUUUGCUGCUACUGCCUGCCGUCUCUUCCGUACUGUCGCCACCAUGGGAGAAGCCGCUUCGGUUUUCCUAAAAAUCCCCAGCAAAGAAGCAGCUUUGCCUGGCAGAGACCAGAGCCUCGUCCGUAUUCCGGAUAAACAUCAUGUGAAUGGGAACAGUAUGGUUGAACCCUUUCCAGAGAGAAUGCACAUGGCAAUAUUUGGGAUGGGCUGUUUCUGGGGAGCAGAGAAGAAAUUCUGGGAGCAGAAAGGAGUCUACUCUACUCAAGUAGGUUAUGCAGGAGGAUAUACCCCAAAUCCCACAUAUGAAGAAGUCUGUUCAGGCAAAACUGGCCACACUGAAGUUGUGCGAGUGGUAUUUCAGCCAGAAACCAUCAGCUUUGAGAAACUGCUCAAGGUCUUCUGGGAGAGUCAUGACCCGACACAAGGAAUGCGGCAGGGAAAUGAUGCUGGGACACAAUAUCGGUCUGCCAUCUAUACAUUCACCCCAGAACAAAUGGAGUCUGCCUUGAAAUCUAAAAAUGAUUACCAAAAGGCAUUGACAGAGAAUAGUUGCGGGGUCAUCACAACUGAAAUCCGCGAGGCUCCAGAGUUCUAUUAUGCUGAAGCAUAUCAUCAGCAGUACCUAAGCAAGCACCCUAAUGGUUACUGUGGACUCAGAGGCACAGGGGUUUCCUGUCCUAUUGGUAUUAAAGGAUGAUCCUUACUCACAGGGCAAUCAUUCCCUAAACCACAUGUCCAACUUAAAGAAAUGUGUUUUGGAUUUUUACCGCAGACUUCAGUGUAACUUUCACAAAUAUGAAAUCAGUGGCAUUUAUUCUCAAGGAAAGGCAUAGUAUCAAGUAAUGCAAAAUUAAUUGUGCAAUCUUCCUUGGACUAUAUCCUUUUGAGUUUAGAGAGAGAAAAAAACCAUUUUUAAAUAGAAAUAAAUUCAUUACAUUUAGAAAAUCUGCACAGGGGAGGAGGAUUUUCUGCUUACACAUAGUACUCUCUGCCUUUUCAGAAGAUGAAUAACCUCCUAAAACUGUGAAGGAUUACUCUUAAAAAUAUAGGAACAUCUGAAGUGGCCCAGUCCAUGAUGGUUUAUAUCAGAGACAUGCAAUUUCUGAAGCCAUGAAGGCUAUAAUGGUCUUUCUAUGGCACGUUGAGGGCUAAACUCCAGAUGUGCAAUAGCCAUUGGUGCAGUGUUUAAAAGAUGUAUGAUUUUUUAAACAAAUGAAUGCACAAACUAUUGCAAGGAUUAAUGUUAAGGAAAUUCUCACUCCUUAAGCACUCUCUCAACCUCUAAAAUGAGAAGGAACAGUUUUAAUUUUUUGGCUCUGUUCAUUGGCCAGAUUUGCAAAAGUGGUCAUGAUCAUAUGUGACAUAUAGGCUGUAAUUUUGCACACUUAUAAUUUUGCUGAACAUGUAUGCAUCAGAAUCCCAUUAGUGCCAUGUGGAUAAGAUUUGGUGGGACUUUUUAUAAUAUAAGGUAACAUAACUUUUACAUUAAUACUAUAAGCUGAAGAGUCAAGGCAAAUGUACGCAUAUCAAGUUUAAGUAACAAGAAAGGAUAUUAGCAAAAUUAUUGGGGGGAAUGUUUCCUGGGAAUGAAUUGAAUUUGAGAAACAGGAGGCAAGGGCAGGGUUAGUAUCUCCACACCUCUCCCAUUUCUUUACUCAAAAUAUCCAAUCUUGCAAUUCACUUUAUAAAUUAGCACCAGAGAUACAAUAUUAACAACUAGCUAUUAGCCUGAUAGCUCUGCCCCAGGUUGUGGUACCAUUUUAUAUAUGCUUUUUGAAGUCAACUGCUAAAUAAAUUUCAAGUGGGAACAUUAUGUAGCUAUAACUACCCUUAAAAACUAUUACAUGUUGCAAGAAAUUGGGUAUUUGCUGAAAGUGAGGGAUGUGAGAACAUUGAUAUUGUUUCUUAAUUGAUUUCUCAGCUUGAUUCUGAAAUGUAAAAAGAAAGCUUGAAGUUUUAUGAAGUUUUCCAUUCACAGAUUUCUUUCAUGCCCCAAAUAUUUGUACACUGAGAGCAUCUGCACCAAGACAAAUUCCUUGUGUGUCCAAUCACACUUGGCCAAUAAAAUUCUAUUCUAUUCUA